CGUCUGCGCGCGCUGCCCGCCGACGCCUUCUCCGGCCUGGAGGCGCUGGAGGAGCUGCGCCUCGUGCAGGACGGUUUCUCCAGCCUGUCGCUGGUGGCGGCCGCGCUGUCGCCGCUGGCGCUGCCGUCGCUGCGCGCGCUCGACCUCAGCGAGAACCCGCUGGCCGCCGUGGGCGCCGGCGACCUGGCGCGCCUGGCCGGGUCGCCGCUGCGCGAGCUGCGCCUCGACAGCUGCCAGCUGGACUUCGUGCACAGCGCGGCGCUCGGCCCGCUGCGAAACCUCAGCACGCUCUCCCUCAGCGGGAACGCCCUCAACGAGUCCACGCUCACGGAGCUCGUGUCGGCACUGGUCGAAGGCAACUCGACGCUGCGCGUGCUGGAGUUGUCGGGCGCGGGCUUCCAGAAGCGGCCGCCGCCGGAGCUGCUGUCGGCGGUGGGCCGGUCGGGCGUGACGAACCUGUCGCUGGCGGGCAACCGCUUCCAGACGCUGUCGGCGGGCGCGUUCCCCGCCAUGCCGCGGCUGCGCCACCUCGACCUGCGCGACGUGGCCGCCGUGUCGGUGCAGGAGGGCGCGCUCGACCCCGCGCUGCUGCCCCACCUGCGGACCCUGCUGCUCGGCGGCAACAGCCUGCCCGGCGCCUCGGCCGGCUGCCUGCUGCCGCAGCUGCGCUCGCUGGACCUCUCCGCCAACUCGCGCGAGAAGCCGUCCCCGUCCGUCUUCGUCCUCGGCGAGAACAGCUUCGCCCACAUGCACAACCUCUCCUACCUCAACCUGUCCUACAAUAACAUACACUUCCUGCUGAAAGACACGUUCGGUGGCCUCACCAACCUGGACGUGGAACUCUCCUUGAAGCACGGCCACAUUUCUAGGAUCGAGGUGGGUGCCUUCCACGAUCUGAACAGACUGCGCUUCUUGACACUGGAGGACAACCGCCUGUCGGGAAUCAAUCUCACGGCGGGAGUGUUCCGAGGACUGGACAGCCUCGAAGUACUCCUGCUGGGGAACUGCGGUAUCACGCACCUUGCCGACGACCCGAGUGUGUUCGUCCACCUCGUGAGUCUGCAGUACCUGAGCCUGGAGCGAAACGGUAUACACAGCAUCGAUGGCGCCGUUUUCGCGCCCCUCACGAAUUUAUUGGGAAUCGAUUUGUCCCACAACGAGCUAGAGUCGUGGAAGAGAGGACGGGUGUUCGACAACAAUACGAGGCUGGACACUGUGCUGCUCUCGUUUAACAGGAUGACGUACCUGUCUCCCGCCAUGCUGGACGACUUCUCCGGCCGGGCGCGCGUGGAGUUGGGGGACAACCCGUUCAUCUGCUACGCGCCGCUGUACAAGAACGUCAGGGAGUGGCUGAGCGCGAACGGGGGCAGUGCAGGGAACUUGAGUGGCGAGGCGGCUCCCGCGUGCUACUCUCCGGACGCGUGGCGCGACCGCAACCUCUCGCAGUUCUUGCAGGCGCUGCUGGACGGAACCGCCGCGCCGGUGAAGACCUCCGCCUGGUGGCCCGGCGCUGUCGGCGGCUCCCUGCUGGUGCUGGUGCUGCUGGUGGCCGCCGUGUGCUACAACCAGCGCGCCUACCUCCGCUACUGGCUCUUCCUGGCGCGCACCGACCUCCUGGGCCGGUCGUGCGCCGGCCGCGCCGACCGCGCCCUGCAGUCGUACACCAACUACCAGUACGACGCCUUCGUGUCGUACAGUAGCGAGGACCGCAACUUCGUGGUGCGGCUCGUGGCGAUGCUCGAGAACUACGAGCCGUUCCUCAAGCUGUGCGUGUUCGAGCGCGACUUCCAGGUGGGCUCGGCCAUCUCGGAGUGCGUGCUGCAGUCGGUGGCGCUGAGUCGGCGCACCCUGCUCGUGGUGAGCGACGCGUUCGCGCGCUCGCAGUGGUGCCGCUGGGAGGCGACGCUGGCGCAGCACCAGCGCAUCUUCGGCGACGAGGGCGCGCUCGUCAUCGUCAAGCUGGGCGAGGUGCCGGCCGCGCACCUGACGCCCACGCUGCGCCACCUGCUGCGCACGCGCCUCUACCUCGAGUGGGACCCCGAGCCCGCCAAGCAGCGCCUCUUCUGGCAGAAGCUGCGCGCCGCGCUCUCCCCGCCCGCCAUCUCCGUCAAGGCUGGCGACCAGUGACGUCACGGCGUCUCUCUGUCCACCCAGGACUCGCGGGCCACUUGGGCGGAGUAUCUUCUCGAUCAGCUGUCUUCUCUGAUCUGUGUAGUAGUGCUCAUAUCCAGGGUACCCUUUCAUCAUAUUCCUCGGAAUUGUACAUACGUUCGCCAUCUCACUCCACUAACUACUGACCAAUCUGUAAUGGCCAGUCCCGAUCUCAAUAUAUUCCUCGAUGAAGAGACAUCGACCACGGAUUAGACUCCCCUACAGCAUUCUUCAUAUUUUCGUCAUUGCCCCGAUUCCUCAUUUCAUAUUUUCGUAUUUGAGAUCUAGAUCGCCCCUUCGAUCCUGGUUCGACGGAGCUUCUCAGGUCCUAGCUAACACAUCUUCCUUCACCUGUGUUUCUUUCGCUGAGCCGCAGUGUCAAUUGCAUCAAUAUUUGUUCACGACUGAUUUCAGCCCUUGGCCAUUUUCACGGUUUUUCAACUGAAUAACAGCAGUCACUCUGACUGUUGCAGUGUGCCAGACGCACGGACAGCGGUAGUUUGAGGGUAUGUGGUGCAACUAAUAAAAAUAAAUGUCGUGUGACUUGGUCUUCCCGUCGGGUAGACCGUUCACCGGGUGCAAGUCUUUUGAUUUGACGCCACUUCGGCGACUUACGCGUCGAUGGGGAUGAAAUGAUGAUGAUGAUUAGGACAACACAACACCCAGUCCCUGAGCAGAGAAAAUCUCCGACCCAGCCGGGAGCCGAACCCGGGACCUUAGGAUUGACAUUGUGUCGCCCUGACCGCUCAGCUACCGGGGGCGGGCUGUGGUGCAACUGACAGAUGGGCUCCCGUUGUUCUUUUGCAAGCACUUGAAAAUGGCUUAAGAGCAGAAAUCAGUCGUGGAGAAAUUUUGGGAGACUGUUGCUGCCGGUUGAAUAAAAAUACUGGAGGUUACGAUGUCCAGUUUCCCAGCAAAAUAUUCGAGACAAUAACAUUGUAAUGACUGUGUUUCAAGUAUCUACCUAAGGAAAGACUGAAAAUUAGUACAAGCAAUGUUCAGUAAAGACUAGUAGUCAUUUUCUAAAAACUCUAUUUCAGAGGUUCAAUAUUCUGUCCACCCAAUGUGAUUCAAUUCUACCAUCACCGUUGUCGCCCCUGGAAGUCGUGAUGAAGGCCGUCCUCGCCUCUUAAACGUUACUGCCAGGGUUUCAUUACCUAAAAGUCUCAUGGUAUCACAUGUAUCUCUGCUACAAUUUGGGUAACGUGAGGCCUGGUAUUAGCUGAUGAAGCUUCCACCGUCCAACAGAUAUUUGGUCUUCUUUGGAAUGUGACCCAUCGUCAGUUGGCUCAUUAUGUUUUGCUACCGUGCACCACCCUCACCUCCAACAUACUGUUUCCAAUAGCAGAACACAUCAACACGAUUCUCCUAUUGAUCUGCGAUAAACAGUCGUGGUAUCCAGAGUGUGCAUAUUCUAGACAUGUGAAAAGGUUCCUUUAAAAGAGUGUGAACACUUCCAGAAUACCAUCAAGCUGUCUAAUGUUGAGUCGUGGAUCAGUGCGAAUAAUAAUGGCCGCAGUACUGACUGUUGUACCUUCAAAGACCGUCAGAGGUGUGCCUCCUUCUCUUUGCAAUCCGCAACGUUCCCGGCUGUUUUUAAAAGCCCUGUGCCAACGAAAACGCCCUUUAAGGGACAUGGCACACUGACCAAAAGUUCUCUACAACUCGUCACAUAUUACAGAACCAUUUAUGUCCAGACGAACACAAAAAAUUAUAUCGUGUAACGCUUCUCAGGAAACUCGAACA